UGACUUUUAUUUUGAAGUACGACUAACACGGAAGUAAGCGCAUGACCGGAUUGUUGUCCUGUAAUAAGAAAGCGUGGUAGGUGAUGGACUGUAAACGUUAUUAAAAACCUUCCCGCAUGGCUGUGGCGUGUUUCACUAAGCAGCUGCUCAGACGCGCUGCGUUCCCGCCGACAGGACACCGCGCUAGAGCCGUGUUUAAUCACGCGCUCGGUGGUCUGACGUACAGCCGUGCGCGUGGAGCCCCGGUUUACCGACACAGAACCUUUCACACGGCACACUCAGCACUGCUGGCGAAGCUCCUGACGGCGGACGAGCUGUUUAGCAGGAGCUCCGUGCAGGACUACCUGAGGAGAGCGCAGGCGGAGUAUGAGGAGUGUCUGCGCGCGGUGAACACCGCACACCUGCACACACACGAGCAGCAGGAGGAGGAGGAGGUGGUGAGGGCGAAGCGGGCGAGGGUCACUGCUCUAGCGCCUCUUGUUCAGAAAAUUAGCGAGCUGCAGUUAAAACAAAGGGAUUUCGAGGAGACCGAGUCAUUACUGAAAGAAAAUGACCCUGACCUGCGCGAGCUUGCUGAGACAGAGAGGGAGCACUGCCUGGCAUCCAUGCAAGAAAUGAAACAAACGAUUCUCUCACUCCUUGUUCCCGAGGAAGAAUCAGACUUGAGUGAUUUGGUCUUAGAGGUUACCGCUGGAAUUGGAGGUCAAGAGGCCAUGCUUUUUACAGCAGAAAUAUUUGACAUGUACCAAAACUAUGCUGCUUUUCAUGGCUGGGGCUUUGACACACUGGAAUAUAUGCGAAGUGAUAUUGGGGGUUUACGACAUGCCACGGCCAGCGUCAGUGGUCCACUGAGCUAUAAGAAGAUGAAGUUUGAAGCAGGUGUCCAUCGGGUCCAGAGAGUCCCGAAGACAGAGAAACAAGGCCGCAUGCACACCAGCACUAUGACGGUGGCAAUAUUGCCACAGCCUACAGAGAUCUCCUUUACUAUUAACCCUAAAGACCUGAGGAUUGAAACAAAAAGAGCAAGUGGAGCUGGAGGACAGCAUGUUAACACGACUGACAGUGCGGUCAGGAUAGUCCAUUUACCAACAGGCACAGUGUCUGAGUGUCAGCAAGAGCGCUCCCAGAUAAAAAACAAAGAGAAGGCCAUGAAGCUGCUGCGGGCCAAGCUCUACGCCGCAAAGCUGGAGGAGGAGACGAGUAAGAGGUACCACGCCCGCAAACUUCAGAUUGGUACCCGAGGCAGAUCAGAAAAAAUCAGGACCUACAACUUCGCACAAGAUCGGGUCACUGACCAUCGGAUUGGGAAAACUCUGCACGAUGUACAUGGAUUUUUAUUAGGGGAGGAGCUGCUGGAUGAGAUGAGCAUGUUUUUGCAGCAGUUUUCUGAACAGGAAGUGCUCAUGGACAUUAUCGAAGGUCAAUAACAGAGAUGAAUAAUUAAAUGACAUUGAUUUAAAACAAUUAAUAAAUGCUUUUCUUUUAAGUAUUGUA